ACCACAUCCGGGAGAGGAGAGGAGAGCGGAAGUGGCGUUGGUCUGGCCGGAGCCCUUGGGUGAAAUUGUUAGGCGUGGAGGGGGAGUGAUGUCUUCCAGACUCGGUGCAGUCACCGCCACCCCGGGACCCACACCCUUUAAGCAGCAGAGGAGCACCAGGAUCGUGGGAGCUAAGAAUAGCAGGACCCAGUGCUCCAUCAAGGACAACAGCUUCCAGUACACUAUCCCUCAUGAUGACUCCCUGAGUGGCUCAUCAUCCGCCUCCUCGUGUGAACCCGUGAGUGAUUUCCCAGCAUCCUUCCGAAAAUCUACCUACUGGAUGAAGAUGAGAAGAAUCAAGCCUGCUGCCAGUUCACCAGUUGAAGGCACAGGUGCAAAGGAAAAGGAAAAGGCCAAAGGAAAAAGGAAAAUCAAGCAGGAAGAAGAUGAAGACUAUCGCGAGCUUCCUCAAAAGAAGCACAAGCUCUAUGGGAGGAAGCAGCGGCCUAAAGCUCAACCUCACCCCAAACCCCAGGCUCGUCGGGUUCGGAAGGAACCUCCAGUUUAUGCAGCAGGAAGUAUGGAGGAAAAAUGGUACUUAGAAAUCAUGGAUAAAGGCAGUGUUUCCUGUCCUACCUGCCAGGCUGUGGGGAGGAAGACUAUAGAAGGUUUAAAGAAACACAUGGAAAACUGCAAACAGGAGAUGUUUACCUGCCAUCACUGUGGAAAACAGCUUCAUUCUCUGGCGGGGAUGAAGUAUCACGUCAUGGCCAAUCAUAAUAGCUUGCCAAUUUUGAAGGCAGGAGAUGAGGUAGAUGAGCCCAGCGAGAGGGAGCGGCUGCGAACAGUUCUCAAGAGAAUGGGGAAGCUCAGGUGCAUGCGGGAGAGUUGCUCCAGUACCUUCACCAGCAUUAUGGGAUAUCUGUACCAUGUUAGAAAAUGUGGCAAAGAGGCAGCAGAGCUGGAGAAGUUGACCUUGAAAUGUCAGCACUGUGGAAAACCAUACAGGUCAAAGGCUGGGCUUGCGUACCACAUGAGGUCAGAGCACGGGCCUGUCUUCUUCCCCGAAUCAGCACAGCCGGACUGUUUGAAAGAGAUGAGUCUGGAGACAAAGGGUGGAGGUCGAGUUCAGCGGCGUUCUGCCAAAAUAGCUGUGUACCAUCUGCAGGAGCUGGCCUCUGCUGAACUGACCAAGGAAUGGCCGAAGAGGAAGGUGCUCCAGGACCUGGUACCCGACGAUCGGAAGUUAAAAUACACUCGCCCUGGGUUGCCUACAUUCAGCCAGGAAGUACUGCACAAGUGGAAGACGGAUAUCAAGAAGUACCAUCGUAUCCAGUGUCCUAACCAGGGUUGUGAGGCUGUCUACAGUAGUGUGUCUGGCCUUAAAGCUCACCUGGGCUCUUGUACACUGGGCAACUUUGUGGCUGGAAAAUACAAGUGUCUUCUGUGUCAGAAAGAAUUUGUGUCAGAGAGUGGUGUCAAGUAUCACAUCAACUCUGUCCAUGCCGAGGAUUGGUUCGUUGUAAACCCAACAACCACCAAAAGCUUUGAGAAGCUGAUGAAGAUAAAGCAGCGGCAGCAGGAGGAAGAGAAGCAGCGGCAGCAGCAAGGGAGCCGGCGGUCUCUGAGAAGGCAGCAGCAGCCUCGUACUGAGCCUGCCGAGAGCCAGCCGGAGCCACGGGCAGGGAAGGGGCAGGAUGGGAAUGAGGAACUGGUGGUGUCAACUUUAUGUAAGGGAACCGAGCAGGAGCCAGUGCCAGCACAGUCCCAGAAAGCAGAGCCCGCAAAGACCACUCACAAACGAGGGAGGAAGUAGGCAGGCAUUGAGCAUGCGCCUAGGAGAGUGGAUGUGAUGCUGUUGUCAUGGGGACAUGUGCAGGGGAGGCCUGAGUCCUGGGGCUGAGUGAAGAUGCUUUCAGCUGUUGCUGGGCUGUGGCUCUCAGCUCCUCUGUGUACAUUUCACGGUCUUCCUGACUAGUUCACUUUCACCCCUCCUUGCCUUAGGAGGUUCCUAUUCCCAUUAGAGUCCUUUUGCUUUUUCCGUUGUCCAAAGAGCUCCCCUGGGAAAGCAUCUGCAGGCCCCCGGGCCCUGCACAAGGUUAAGGAACCUUUGGCUGGCUUUCUUUUUCUUUCCUGUCUGGGUUAUGAAUGUUCUUGGAAUCUUUGUUGAUCUAGUGUCUACUCCAUCAUUUAGCAUAUAAAACAGUUUCAAACUAAUCUUUUUUUAAAAAAAACAAAACAAAAAAACUGACAGGUUUUAUCCUUCAGUGUGUGUGACAUAAGAGGACUAGAAAGAACUGCCACUUGUGUUACAGUAUGACCCUGAGCCCCAGGGAGCAGAACCUGGCAGACCAUACUUGUCUAUAAUUUUCCUGUUGAGAGGGAGAAAAUUAUUUAGCACGAGAAAGCUAGAUGCUCACUGUGCUUGGAGCAGGGACUAACUGGACCCACAGGCAUGAAAGCACAGUCUUAGGGGUCUGUGUCCCAAACACUAAGGUGAGAAGGAAGGGAAGGGUAGUGGUUGUAAUGGCUGCCCCGCUUCCCUGGGUUCCCAGGAUCAGUGCCCUGGGAGCUUGCCUUGGGAAACGACUUAGUCCCGCUGUGUUGACCCAGUGCUCUGGCCUCUGGAAAUGCCACUGAGGUUGCAAAGCAAGGUGAGCUCUCCCUCUCCCUGCACUUACCUCACUUGUUAGGCCACACCAUCUUAAGUCCUCGCCCAGGGCAUUAGCCCGCCUCCGUCCCUGACAGUUCUGAGACUAUUGUCCUACUGUUUUGUAUAUGGAGUUCUAUCUGCUUUAUAUUGUGAGAUUUUUGACAGCAGAUGUAGAUAUUUCUCUGGAGCCGGAAAGAGUGGUCUCUCUCUGUACCUCAUGCCUGUCUGGUGGUGUUCGGUGGGCUCUCUCCCCGUGAGGGUGGAUAUCUUUGGAACAUGGGUUAGAGUAAGUAGCCUUGUUGUCGUGUUUCUGGUUUCUCUUCCUCCUUCUGUGUAAAUAUUGUUCUUCUAUAUUCCUGCCUAUUGUAUGGCAUCUGCCACUUACAGAGUUAACCUUGAACUGGACAAAUACUACCUUUUCAAACCCGGAAAGGCUGUUUGCCACUCUGAGGUCUCUGUUCUCCGUGCUCCUUUAUAGCUUUAUCAUGUGUGCUUUGUGAAGACCACUUUUCAAUAAUGGGGCAUUAAAACUUGAACUGGGCACUGCCAGAAGGGGUCUUUUUGAGUCAAGUCGAGGAAAUGAUGUAUUUGUGCUGUUUUUAUUCCUGCUUACACCCCUAAAGCUCCUGUAGUUGAUUAGGGCUGUCGAGGAGGAAAAAUGAGAAGCUAUGUUAAGUUCUAGUGACAAGGACUUGGAUAAUAUUUGUCAAUGGCAAAUAAAAUGACUCAGAAAGUU